AUGCCAGUAGAAGUGGAAAUUAUCGAGAAACUUCGAUCGAAGAAAAAAGUCGCCAAGUCAGCCAUUACAAGGAAUGUAAAUCGCGUUAGGGAGCUAAUAAACAACAAAGAAAGCGUUUCUAAGGUACGUCAGUAUGCUAAAAAUAUUGAAGAAGCUAGAGAAAAGGCUCGGAUUGUAAUAAACGAACUUGAAAAAGCCGAUCCAUCGUCUAUUGAAGCCGAUGGCGAAUGGCUUGUCGAGGUCGAGUGUGACGUGACUGAUGCCCUAGGGGAAAUAGCUGAUUAUUUACAAGAAUCAAGCCAAACAGAGCCCCAAAACCCCUCGAUAAGUAACGAAGAACAGUCGUCUAGUGAAAAUUCUACAGUUAUAUCAGGGAACAGUCGUUCUAGUGGUCUUAAAGGGGUAAAGAUUCCAGUGUUUGAUGGAAGUCCAGAAAAAUGGCCAUAUUUUUGGGGUAUAUUCAGUUCACUCGUGGACAAUAAUAAGUCUCUUUCUGAUGCGAUAAAACUAGCACAUUUGAACAAUUCUAUCAACGAUAGAGUGAGAGAAGUUAUUGCCUGUUUGACCGGGGAACCGGGUGACUACCAGAAAGCAGUUAAGUUACUUAGUGAUAGAUAUGGGGACCCCCGUGAAGUUGUAGAUGCACAUUUGCACCGCAUUACCAAUUGGCAUAAUAUUAAGGAAAAGGAUCGCGAUGCAUUUGAGCGAUUUGCUGACGCCUUACAAGCAGCAGUAUUUGCCUUGGAUAAGCCAGAUUAUAGACAUGAGUUAAGUAGCAUGCCUCUUUGCACUCAGUUAGUUCGCAAGCUACCGCCCAGUGAGAAAGAUGAGUGGGUGCGGCAAAUAGAGCGCAAACAAGUCACUGAAAAUGUUAAGGGAUUAGCAGAGUAUGCCCAAUUGAGAGUAAAGUUAUUGCGCAAACGCGAUCGAUAUAACACACCUGCACCACCCAAAGAAGACCCAAAGUUUAACCCAAAAUUUGCACAUAAGAGAGCCUAUCUAGCAAAACACAGGCUGGGAAAUGUUCUUUAUGCGAUGGUACUGUAAAGCAUAAAGAGGGGGAUUGUCCAGUGUUUCUAGCUGCUGACCCUAACCAAAGAUGGGCACUAGUCAAGUCAAAAAAGGUGUGUUUUGGGUGCCUACAAUUAGGACAUCAGCGCCGCCAAUGCACUGUUUCAUCUAAGUGCGGAGUCAAUUCAUGCGAAAAGGGGCAUCACAAACUGCUUCAUGUCUUGCCGAAGCCGCCUACUGGCGAUGAAGCCACUGAGCCUAAGGGGGUUCACUGUGGCAAAGCACAAGUUUCAUCCUCAGGCCCUAGUAGAGUUGCCCUAAAAACUGUCAUAGUACCCUUUGUUAACGAUUCAGGGGGGGUAGUCUUGGAAACUGUUCUUUUAGAUUCUGGUAGUGAAACAACCCUCAUUAGGUCUGGAUUUGCCAAACAAUUAGGGGUUCAAGGUCAAAGGAAAAUCCACUGUUCAUACUGUUGGAGGAGUGCGGACCACCCUCAAAUCUCAGCGUGUUCGUGUACCAUUUGCACCAGCGGUCACUGAUAUUGAUGUUUAUGCAUGGACUAUGAAAAAUAUAUGCGAACCGGUGCAGUCGGUCGAUUGGACGGAGAUAAAGAAACAAUAUGAACAUUUGCGUGAUGUUCCAGUCAUGUCGGCAGGAGAAACAGCAGUGGAUGUGUUGUUAGGACUGGAUGCAGCAUCCUUGAUGGCGCCAUUGGAAGUGAGAGCGGAAAAGCAUGGUCAGCCAUGUGCAGAGUUAACCCCAUUUGGUUGGGUCAUUUCGGGUCCAGUGCCAACCACUACCAAACCAAUGUGUCCAUGUGGUAGAUGGUGAGGAAGAUGCUAAUCACCAGUGGCGAAAGUUAUGGGAGAUAGACAGUUUCGGUGUUCGUGUCGAGGCAACCACAUACACGUGUAGUGAACAGCGAGCCGUUGAUAUAAUGAAUGAAACAUGUCGUCGAGUGGAGUCGGGUUAUGAGCUGGGACUGCUAUGGAAAGCUGACAGACCGCCACUGCCUAACAAUUUCAAGUCAGCCCUUAGCCGCCUGGAGUCGGUGGAACGCCUUUUGCAGAAGGAUCCCAAGUUAGCGGACGGUUAUUGCAAAGCCAUCAAUGCUUACGUGGAGAAAGGGUUUGCACAAAAGUUGUCGCCUGAGGAAUUUGCCAUGGACGGAGAGCAAUGGCUGCUGCCACAUCACCCCGUAAUCAAUUCGCACAAACCACUGCCAAGAGUUGUUUUCGAUUCCGCUGCCAAACACGACGGUGUUUGUCUCAACGACUGCCUUGAGACGGGGCCAAGUCUUCACAAUGAUCUUCCGGGCAUUCUGUUACGAUUUCGUGAAAGGCCCAUCGCACUUGUGGGAGACGUAUCAGAUAUGUUUUGCCAUGUUCUCGUCAAGGAGGAGGACCGCAAGUAUCACCGUUACUUGUGGCGUGACAUGGAUUCAACAAGACCGCCAGACGUUUAUGAAAUGAACUGUUUGGUAUUUGGUGACAAGUCCUCACCCUGCGAAGUGAAUUUCGCAGUUAUCCGUACGACGGAAGACAACCAGGAUCAAUGGCCAGAAGCCGUAGCCACAGUCCGGCGAGACAUCUUUGUGGACGACUUCUACAGUUCCUGCAAUGAUGUGCCGCAGGCAGUAUCCUUGAGAGCUGAUGUCUCAUCCCUGAUGGCUAAGGGUGGUUUUCCUAUGCGAAAGUGGCUAUCCUCUUCACCGGAAGUGCUGGCAACGAUACCGGAAACCGAACGGAGUAUCUCGAAUGAAAACUUACAUCAAGGUGAGUUGCCAACUGGUCGAGCAUUGGGAGUUCGGUGGGAUGCACGAUCAGACACUCUAGGACUCACUUAUGCACAUGUUGAACGUCCAUCCACCCAGUCGACCAAACGCGGUAUUCUAGCCAAAUUAGCUGGCCUAUAUGAUCCACUGGGAUAGUCGAAUCCAUUUACGGUACGUGCAAAAAUCACCCUGCAACGCACAUGGUCCAGAGGACUAGAUUGGGAUGAACCCUUGCCAGCCGACAUUGCAUCUGAGUGGGUUAAGUGGGAAUCCGAGGUCGCAGCCCUAAAGGCUUUCGCAGUACCACGGUACAUUUACAGUCUGUCAUCAAAAACAUUGACGAGAGAGCUUGUGGUUUUCUGUGACGCCUCGGAAGAUGCCUGCGCAGCUGUCGCCUACAUGCGUGCAGUUCUUGUGGACUGUGAAGUCAUAUAUCACCUAGUCAUGGCGAAGACACGCCUCAUGCCAUUGAAAACGAUCUCCAUUCCCAGAGGAGAGCUGAUGGGUUGUCAGCUAGCUGUGCGUCUCGCAAAAACCAUCUGCGAACAGUUAGGGUUGAGUAUGCUUCAUGUUAGAUACUUAUCCGAUUCAACCACGGCGAUAUGGUGGAUCCACGGAGAGCUGCGAAAUUUCCAACCAUUUGUUGCGAACCGAGUAGCCGAAGUGAUUUCAGAGAGUGAUCCCGGACAAUGGCAUCACGUAAGAACGGAUUUGAAUGUUGCUGACAUUGCAACGAGGAGAGUCGCCGCCAACGACCUUAAGCCAGAAUCACGAUGGAUAGACGGCCCAGAUUUCCUAAAGUCCGAUAAGUCAGAGUGGCCCAUCGAUGAUAUUCCUGGCCCACCUUCUCCAACCGCCCAGAGGGAGAUGAAGAAGAAAGUGCUAGGAGCAAAGGUGGUUGUGACAAAGCUUCUUGAUCCAUCCAGCUAUUUCAACUGGCUGAAACUUGUUCGCGUUACAGCAUGGAUUCUGCGGUUCUGUCAUAACCUGCGUAAGAAAGAUCGGCGGAACGCGGAAGUUCUAAGUGUCGAAGAAUUGGAGGAAGCUGAGCUGUAUUGGAUCAAGUCUGCACAACAAGAUCGUUUUGGAGUUGAAGUCGAGUCAUUGUCGAAAGGUCGUCCUGCCGCGCAAGCUAGUCGAAUCGCAGAUCUUAAUCCACAGUUGGUGAAUGGAAUCUUACGUGUUGGAGGGCGUAUUGACAAAGCCGAACUGCCAUGGAAAGCAAAGCAUCCCAUCAUAUUAGAUCACGUCUGA